AGAGAGAGAGAGAGAGAGAGAGAGGGAGAGAAAGGGAUAAGGGAAAUUGAGGAAGAGCUAAAUCGCAGUGUGGGCGACGAUGCCGUUGUGACAUCGGCCUCGUGAAUCAAACCGUCGCGAUUGAGCGCGAAGAGUUGGUCGCAUCGCACCCGGGGGUGGACCAUGAAACAUGGAUACGUCGCAGGUCGAAAGCGGCGCGACUUCGGAGGAGAAAAGUAAGGAAGGCUAUGAACGGUAACGAACAGGGGUCUCGAGCGGGUCCGCGUACGCGAUACAACCAAUCGCCGAUCUCGCGAGCUUAGCUAAUUAAACUAACGACGGACGACACCGCGCGUGAUGUUCGCCCUGAGUAAGCACGUACACGUAACGCACACGCACACGCACACAUGGGGAGGUGAAUUUACCGGAACAACACCGGGUUCAAUCGCCGAAUGUGGGCGUUGAACGUGCAUCGAUUCUGGCAAGCGCCGAACACAUGUAUGUAUCGUUGCUGCACACCCGCGAACACGUCGGGAGAUCAACAAGUCGUGCACACAAACCGCCAGGUCGCACCGAGCGCUUCGCACAAAUCGGUUGUUCGAAGAGGUGGCCGUCGUGUAACGUGCCGCGACCACGCGAUCUCUAAGGACGUCAAAUCUCAGAGAGCGCGCUCAAACAUGGAGGGCGGACAGGUUGGUGAAGUACCGACGAUAUUCCAUCCCCGACGAUCCAACGUGAUCCUCAGCGAAGAUCAGCAACGUAGCUCGCUCCUCAGUCCCGUCCAGAUCGUCGUCGAGCUUAUCGAAGCUACAGGAUGCGAGCAACAGCAAGGCUGCGUAACCGAUGGAUGCGGCGAUUCCGCAUCGAGCUGCCGCACCUUGGAGACCACCGGAAGUGCCGUGGGAAGCGGCGGUGCAGGCGGCGGGGGCGGUGGUAGUGGUAGCGGAAGUGUGCAGACUCAGCCGACGGGUCAAAGUCAGGCGUCGACUCAUGUGACCCCGUCUCCAACCCCGGUCGCUCAACAGCCGCAGCAACCGCAGCAACCGAGCUCUCUCUCGGCCUGCUACGCUUCCUGCUGCGCGGAGAGCGCGAAGAAGAUAUACUUUGGGGUGUGCGUUACGAUAUGCGUAACCGCGAGCUGGGUCGGAGCGACUCACUGCAUUAAGUAUUUGUACUUUCAUAAGCCGGACGCCGUCUCGCAGAGUUCCACCUCGAAUGCCUCCGUGAACGGACUUCAUCAUCAGCAUAUCAUCCCGCCGUACAAUGCGCCCUUCUUUACAACGUGGUUUUGUACCAACUGGGAAGUCUUGUACUUCCCGGUGUACUUUAUUUGCCGCGCGACCAGAACCAAGUGCGCCACGCCGUCGGAGAUAAUCGCAGAAAGCCUACGUGGCUUUCGUGACAAGGGCUUCACCGGUGGCCGCUUCUUGAUCAGGUGCAGCCUCUUCUGUGGUCUGUGGGUCAUCACGAAUUACAUGUACAUACAUUCCUUGAGGAUACUCCUGGCUACGGACGUGAUGGCGUUAUUUGCGACCAAUGUCUCCUGCGUCUAUCUAUUAUCGUGGGUCAUCCUUCACGAACAGUUCGUGGGCGUGAGGAUAGUCGCAGUGAUCCUUUGCAACACCGGUAUCGCGUUGCUUGCUUACAUGGACGGUAUAACCGGAAGUCCAACAUUGGGAGGCGUCGUUUUAGCCACAUCAGCGGCAGCUGGCUCUGCCGUUUACAAGGUCCUCUUCAAGAAAGUGAUAGGAGAGACCACGUUCGGUCAAAUGUCUCUAUUUUUCUCACUCAUCGGUUUAUGCAACGCCGCGCUGUUGUGGCCGAUCUGCCUGGCCCUGUACUUCUCAGGAGCGGAAACCAUGCACUGGGCAAGGCUGCCAUGGGCGACGUUACUUUCUGCUAGCAUCCUCCACUUAGUCGCCAAUAUGCUCGGCAAUUUCAGCAUCGCGCUCACUUACGACCUGUUUAUCACGCUCGGACUGAUAACGGCUGUACCCGUAUCCGCUGCACUGGACGUGGUUCUUUACGGGGCGCAUUUCGUGGGAAUGAAAUUAGCGGGCAUGAUCUUCAUCGCGGUCGGUUUCUUCCUCGUGAUGUUCCCGGACAACUGGCCGGACUACAUAACGAGGCUACUCCGAAACAUAGUCCUCAUGAGUCACAGUGCAAGUACCUCGGAGAGUCAGCAAGGACGCAGGAACGUCGUCAGGAGUCGCACGGCGUCCCUGCAGCAACGCCAGUACCGGCUGAGGAGCUACGGCGUCUCCGCCGCGCACGGCGACGGCCAGACGUUGCUGCCGAUCAGCAACAGCAACAGCAGCAACAGCCAACAGCCCAUCGCAGGUAGCGGUGGCGGUGCCGCAAAUCGGCAGCUUAACAGCUCGCAACAACAACAACAACAACAGUACAGCUCGACCUCUGAAACCCAACCACGCUGUGUCCUUCCCUCCACCUCGACCUCGACCUCGACCUCGACCUCGGCCACCGUCGUCGGCAACAGCCACCGGUGCGCGAUGUCAUCAUACUCGCACCUCGAUCCUCGCAAUCAUCAAGGUAUGAGAACGAUCAGGCUGGUGGCGUCGAAGCCACGCGCGACGCGGUAAGGGAGAGAAGAGAUCAGGUGGAGCAGGAGACACAGGCACGGCAUGUCAGGUGGAUCGUCGCGCGACGUGAUCGAUUACCGAACUGGUUACAUAAAGUCGCACCUACGCUCGCCCUCAGGAAGAGUUCGGUGACUAGACACACCGCCGAUAAGCGAAUCAGAAAUUAAAAGAUCGUGCUGGUGGAUGGCGUUGAUAGACCGUUUCGCCGGCGAUACGGUGGUCAGAGCUCUCCUCCAGAUGUAAGCGCGAAUUCGAUUCGAUCAAGGUGAAAGAGAAGCUCUUUCACCCGGCUAUCCUUGAGUCUUUAGGAGCGUUUCAAGAUGACGUUUUAAGGCGACGCUUCAGCGCCUUCUCACAGCACUGACGUUGAUUAUCCUUGAUCGUAGCUCGAUUAAUUUUCCAUCUCUUCCUGACUGUCGCGCAUCGGAGAUAUCUCUCGUGGUGUUAGUGCGAAUUAAUUAACAUAUGCAUCGUGCUCGAUAGAUUGAGAAACGGUUUGGUCUGAAAAUAGCACCGUAUCGGCGACAGUCUGGCGGCUAUUGAGUUCCUCUGGGUGUAUCUCAUUACGGAAAAAAUCGUGAACUUGAUAUCGUACAGUAAUAUAACGUAAACAACAACGCGCCGGUUUAAUACGGUCCGAACUUAAGGCUCCCGGUUCUUGAUUGCGACCAUAUUGAAUUAUCAAGCGAGAAAUCGGUAACGUCAGCAGCAAGAAGUCGUGCUGAUUCUUCUCUUGCACUGCUCUGAGUCGAAAUUCUGUAUUAGAUCUUGCACACAUUACCUGCACCUGCAAAUUCCAUCGAACUUUAUAUAUAGAGAAUCGAGAGAUAUAACAUUGUGUUGUCUUACUUUGAUGCUACGAAUGUACCUUGAAGAUACGAAUGUAAGUUACUGCCAUUCUUCUCAUAUUAGGUCUUACAUAUAAGGAGGCACUUAUUUUAGAAUUUGACACUCCAUCAUCUCGGUAUUUUAUUCGCAUAUAAUCUCCACACUAUUUCUCGCUCCUGACGUGUCUUAAUUUAAUGUGACUGCAGUGAGGAGAAACCGAAGCCUAAAUUGGAAUUAAAAUUUGAUCGUCGCGGGGGAAAUGUAUCGAUCAACGCGUUUCUAUUCUGUCGGCAGAAAUAAAGCUCAUUUUCGCGCGUCGUCGCGCCGGAAUCUCCAAAACUCUCGACGGGAUUCGGCGGCCCGCGCGAGUAAAGCACGGAAAAUGCAAUUAGGUACAAUUAAUCGAGUCGAGAUCUUCAUAAUCUUCGCAUUAGCAUUCGCGUUGAUGCUCGACGCGACGUCGUCGUCGUCGUCGUCGGUGAAAGUUAUACAAACAAACAGACGCGCGCAAUACGUAAAGACAAUCAGAAAUAGCGAACUAGCUCCGAUAGACAUCGUCGCUCCGUGUAGAUAUCGUUUGUAGCGGUUGUGCCGCGCGCAACGAGAUAUAAUAACGUUUUACGCCGUUUUACCACGACACGUGGUUAGCACUGGCGGACUCGUAGCGAGAUACUCAUCCCGUGAGGGAUUAACGUAACGUCACAGGGUGGAUAAUAGAUUAGUCCUUAUUUCUGCUGAUUCUGAGCAAUAAAUUUUCAAUCGUCUACCAUAGUGUUCUAACGAGCGUUGAGAUUCGCGACGCUCGCAAAAGGAAGCGCGAAUCCGCAGAGAGAAAAAGAAAGAGACGUAGUCGAUACGCGAGGAAGACUCGGCUCGUCGUGGCUCAAUUUACGAUAUACCAUACCCGGUAUUGUUGUUUCCGUAUCUCAACCGAAACCGACACAGGGCGACGCGAUUAAGCUGUGUAAUCGCGCGGCCGUUCGCGAUUUCAAAACUUCAAGUGCGGAGGAUCUCGGCGAACUCGAACAAGAAUCUCCGCGAUAAACUUCGUAUGAGAGAAGCGAGAGUUAUAUUAAAUAUACACGUGCGUUUUAUAAGAGAGCGUCGUUCAAGAGGAAAAAGCAAGUUUCGUAAAAUUAUUUCAUUGAUAUGUCAUUCUCUUUAACUAAUCUCAAUCUAAUCAUCCUUAUAUAUACGCGCGUUACGCGUAACUCGAUAUAAUUACUUUUCACUCGAUGCUAUUCUCGAUUAUCAUAACUCGAUAUAAUCAAUACGUAAUUACAAGUAUCAUCUAUAAGUUUCAUGUGUAAGUUUCGAAACGUUGGAUUAAAUUGAGAUGUGUCGGUGCGCAUGUUAACGGAUUUACUUCGUUUGUACGUAUAUUGUCAAUUACACAGAGAUAUUAAUUAACGUACAGCAAGAUUGCGCACGAUUGCAGUCGCGGUAUAUUCGUUGUAAGAUUAUUGCGAUAUAGAGAGAGAUUUUAGUUGAACGUUGACAUACAAAGAGUACUAUUACGGAAGCUUACGAAGCGAAUGUGAUGUGUCUCAAUAAUAAAUUUAGUUUAGUAAGAACA